GGAAGUAAUCGGUUUUCGGGGCGAUACAUGGGAUACGACACGGGAUGUAUAAUCAUUACGUCACUUCUAGGAAAAAUAAAAAUAAACAUGGCGGCUGAAAUGGAAGAAGGAACCUUUAAAAACUCUGAUAAUGACUUCAUUUACGGUGUUACCGUUGCCCAAUCUUCUUUACAAAUACGCCUUGGUUUUAUUCGAAAGGUGUAUGGCAUUUUGAGUGCACAACUUUUGUUUACAACAUUGGUUGGGGCUUUUUUUAUGUACAAUGAAUCUGCAAAAAACUUUGUACAACAAAGUCCUAACUUGUUGUUUAUUGGGAUGUUUGCAUCCAUUGGAUUAAUUAUUGCACUCGGCAUUAAACGAAAAGAUGCUCCCAUGAACAUGUACUUGCUGGCUGCAUUCACUUUUGUUGAAGCAUACACAAUCGGCACGGUGGUAACAUUCUAUGAUCAACUCAUUGUGCUGCAAGCAUUUGGUUUGACAAUGGCGACAGUGAUUGCCCUGACAGUAUACACUUUCCAGUCAAAAAAAGAUUACAGCACAUGGGGAGCUGGGCUAUUCUCAAUGCUUUGGAUUUUGAUUCUUGGUGGAAUAAUGCAGCUGUUCCUUCGCAGCGAAUUGAUGGAACUUGGACUAGCUAUUGCGGGUGCCCUUUUGUUUUCUGGCUUCAUUGUGUUUGAUACACAUAUGUUGAUUCACAAGUUAUCACCAGAGGAAUAUAUCCUUGCUGCUAUCAAUCUAUACUUGGAUAUCAUUAACUUGUUUCUGGAGAUUUUGAAAAUUUUGAAUUCUGCAAAACGCAAUUGAACAUUUAUGUUAUGUGACACAAAAGGAUUUUAUUUUAUUUUUUUAAUUUAAUAUUAGACAACAUUUGAGUUGUAAUGCACUGCACUGUGAUGCAUUGUCUUGAUAGCAUCAACAAUUUUUAAACAACAAAAUGGUUUUUUCUCCCGUCUCUUUAGUAAUGUGUUAGUUUGUAACUAUUCUAAUGCUUUGCACUUUUUCUUAUAUGUAAGUGUAUUGGCAAAAUUACCACAUAACCAUGCA